AAUUAAAAAAUCAAAAAGUCUUAUCUCUUUUUCUCUGUCUUCAAAGCCAACUACAAAAAGUAACAGAAUUUCAACUUCUUGUUUCAAUCCUCAUCACAUUUCACUCAAACAAACAAAGAAUAUUUCAACAAAAACCAAUAAUCACACAAACAAACUCAACAAUAAUCCUAACAGAAACUAAAAAUUCCUGGCCAUAAACCAAAAAAUAAAUAAAUAUAUAUUCCACAGAAAAAAAAGAAAAAAAAAACUCACCAGUUUUUCUCCUCCGUGCCGGAGUCACAGAACCGUCGUCAUCCACCACCGUCAUCCUCCGUCAAUUUUACGGAAAGUUGAAUUUUCAAAUAUGUCGAGGUUUUCAUUCUUCAAUCGAUCAAAUUCAAUUCACGCCUCUUCAUCGGAAGAAUCUCAGAAACCGUUCAACGAACUUCUAGACCGGUCCGGUUCGCUGAGCCGAUUCUACGGUUCAGUAGAAUCAAUGAAAUCGUCGAUUCGCGGAAGGAUGGUGAAGAAGCUCUGCAAUCUAUUCGAAUCAUCGCCGAAAGAAUCGGCGAAAUCGGAACCGCGUUUGGCUUCGAAAUUAGGUUCGGAACCGCGCGCGGCUUCGAGGUUAGGUUCGGAAGCGCGUUCUGGUUCGAAAUUAGGUUUGGAACCUUCGAGAUUAGGUUCGGAAGCGCGUUCUGGUUCGAAAUUGGGGUGGGAAUCGGGGAUGUUGUUCCGAUUGGAAGGUGCUGAGGAAAGGAUUGUAGUGUAUUUGACGAGUUUGAGAGGGAUUCGAAGAACGUUUGAGGAUUGUAAUGCGGUGAAGAUGAUUCUGAAAGGGUUUAGGGUUUGGGUUGAUGAAAGAGAUGUUUCCAUGGAUCGUGCUUAUAGAAAGGAAUUGCAGUGUGUGAUGGGAGAGGAAAAUGUGACACUACCUCAAGUCUUUAUCAGAGGAAAGUACAUUGGUGGUGCUGAUGUGAUUAAGCAUCUAUUUGAAAGUGGUGAUCUGAAAAGAAUUCUUGAAGGGUUUCCCAAGAUGAAACCUGGCUUUGUAUGUGAGAGUUGUGGUGAUGCUAGGUUUGUGCCAUGCGAGAAUUGCAGUGGAAGUCGAAAAAUAUUCGACGAAGAUGAAGGUUUGUUGAAGAGAUGCUUGGAGUGCAAUGAGAAUGGACUCAUUAGGUGUCCUUGUUGCUCUUGUUAUUGAAUGAUUUUAGGUGAUUAAGAAAAUGGAGCGACGCGGCGUUGACGAUGAUGAUGGAGUUGCAGUUGCAGACAUGCUUCAAACUUAUUGAGAUGAAAUAAGAUUGAAAUGCUAUUGCAGAGAAUUUAAAAUUGUUGAUAUUAUGACUAUACCUUAAAAUUAUGAUGUUGAUGAUGAUUAUGAUGAUGUUUUUGCACCUUGAACAUUGUUUUGUUUUGUUCAAGAGUGUUUUCUUUUUUAUCAUUUAAAAUAAGGGCAAAACUUCAUUAUGAAACUUUCAUAUUUUUCAUAAUGUGCACUUGUAAAUAUUUAGUGGUGUAUGAAUAUGUAAAGGUUUAGUUUUUGAUGAAUAUACAUAUUAAUUAUCGA